CUGGCGCUGUUUCCUGUGUUUUGUUUGAGAGCCGUGGCUGUGGGGGCUGCGCUGAGCUGAGGUCGCGGUUCGGAUGUGCUGUCAGUGGGAUUGUGGAUAGAAUGGACUGAGGACGCUGAAGAAACGAUCGGGAUUAUUUCGACUUCUAAACGUGGAGUUACUCCAACUUUAGGUUUCGACUUGUUUCUCGGUGAUCUCUCAACUAACAUUGGAUUCUGGGAAGGGAUACGACAACAACUACUCAAGGAUGGGGAGUCGGGGUCACUACCGCUACCACUGGCAGAGCCACAAUGUCAGACACAGCGGAGUGGACGACAUGGUGCUGCUCACCAAGAUCAACGAGGACGCCAUCGUCGAUAACCUCAAGAAGAGAUACAUGGAUGACUACAUCUUUACGUACAUUGGCCCAGUGCUCAUCUCCGUCAACCCUUUCAAACAGAUGCCUUACUUUGGUGAGAAAGAAAUUGAGAUGUACCAGGGUGCGGCCCAGUACGAAAACCCUCCUCACAUCUAUGCCCUGGCAGAUAACAUGUACAGGAACAUGAUGAUUGACAGUGAGAACCAGUGCGUCAUCAUCAGCGGGGAGAGCGGAGCGGGGAAGACAGUGGCAGCCAAAUACAUCAUGAGCUACAUUUCUAGAGUGUCUGGAGGUGGACCCCGAGUCCAGCAUGUGAAAGACAUCAUCCUCCAGUCCAAUCCUCUUCUGGAGGCCUUUGGAAACGCAAAGACAGUGAGGAACAACAACUCCAGCCGAUUUGGGAAAUACUUUGAGAUCCAGUUCAGCUCCGGCGGCGAACCAGAUGGAGGGAAAAUCUCCAACUUCCUCCUGGAGAAGUCACGUGUCGUCAUGAGGAAUCCAGGAGAACGGAGUUUCCAUAUAUUCUAUCAGUUGAUAGAGGGUGCGAGUGCCGACCAGAAGAACAGUCUCGGGAUCACAAAUCUGGAUUAUUACACAUACCUCAAUCAGUCCGGCUCCUACAAGGUCGACGACAUCAAUGACAAAAGCGAUUUCCAAGAGACAACGCACGCGAUGGAAGUCAUUGGCAUUGCGCCGGAGGAUCGUGCCAUGGUGCUUCAAAUCGUAGCUGGAGUCUUGCACUUGGGCAAUAUCAGCUUCAAGGAGGCUGGCAACUACGCUGCUGUGGAGAGCGAGGAGUUUCUCGCCUUCCCUGCUUUCUUACUGGGGAUCGACCAAAACCGCCUGAAGGAAAAACUAACCAGCAGAAAGAUGGACAGCAAGUGGGGGAGCGCACUGGAGUCCAUUGACGUGACGUUAAACGUGGAGCAGGCUUGUUACACCCGAGACGCCCUCUCCAAAGCCCUCCAUGCUCGAGUCUUUGACUACCUUGUAGAGUCUAUCAACAAAGCCAUGGUGAAGGACCAUCAGGAUUUCAGCAUCGGCGUUUUGGACAUCUAUGGAUUUGAGAUCUUUCAAAAAAAUGGAUUUGAACAAUUCUGCAUCAACUUUGUGAAUGAGAAGCUCCAGCAGAUCUUCAUUGAGCUGACCCUGAAGGCUGAGCAGGAGGAGUAUGUUCAAGAGGGCAUUAAGUGGACUCCGAUCGACUAUUUUAACAACAAGAUUGUCUGUGAUCUCAUCGAGAGCAAAAGCCCGCCUGGUGUCAUGUGCAUCCUGGAUGAUGUGUGCGCCACCAUGCACGCCGUGGGUGAGGGUGCCGACCAGACCAUGCUGCAGAAGCUCAGAGUCCAGAUCAAUACUCACGAACACUUCAACAGCUGGAACCAGGGAUUCAUCAUCCACCACUAUGCUGGCAAGGUGUCUUACGAUGCUGACGGUUUCUGUGAAAGGAACCGAGACGUCCUUUUCACCGACCUCAUCGAGUUGAUGCAGAGCAGUCAAAUCGCCUUUAUCAGAGCACUGUUUCCGGAAAACCUCAACGCCGAGAAGAAAGGUCGACCCACGACUGCGGGCAGCAAAAUAAAGAAACAAGCCAACGAUCUGGUCAGCACGUUAAUGAAAUGCACUCCACACUACAUCCGCUGCAUCAAACCCAACGAGACCAAGAAGCCGCGGGACUGGGAGGAAAGUCGUGUGAAACACCAGGUGGAGUACCUGGGUCUGAAGGAGAACAUCCGGGUCAGGCGUGCUGGCUACGCCUACCGCAGAGUCUUCAGAAAGUUCCUCAACAGGUACGCAAUUCUGACCAAAGAGUCGUGGCCGACGUGGCGAGGAGAUGAGAAGCAAGGCGUCCUUCACCUACUGCGUUCUGUCAACAUGGACCAGGAUCAGUUCCAGCUGGGUCGCACUAAGAUCUUCGUGAAAGCCCCAGAGUCGCUCUUUCUGCUGGAAGAAACGAGGGAGCGCAAGUUUGACGGCUACGCCAGGACGAUCCAGAAAGCCUGGAGGAAGUAUGUGGCGCGGAAGAAAUACGUGCAGAUGAGAGAAGAAGCGUCCGACCUGCUGCUCAAUCGCAAGGAGCGAAGACGGCACAGUCUGAACCGGAACUUUGUGGGCGAUUACCUGGGAAUGGACGACCGGCCGGAGCUCCGACAGUUUCUUGGCAAGAGAGAGAAGAUCGACUUUGCAGACACGGUCACCAAGUUUGAUCGCCGCUUCAAGGGCAUCAAGCGAGACUUAAUCCUGACACCCAAGUGUGUGUACCUCAUUGGACGAGAAAAGGUCAAACAAGGACCAGAGAAAGGUCAGGUGACUGAGGUGCUGAAAAGGCAGCUGGAUAUGGAGAAGAUCCUGUCCGUGUCUCUCAGCACCCUGCAGGACGACUUCCUCAUCAUACACGAGCACGAGUACGACUCUCUGCUGGAGUGUGUUUUCAAAACGGAAUUCAUCAGUUUGUUAGCUCGCAGGUUUGAGGAGAAGACCCAGAGGAAACUACCACUGAAGUUUAGCAACACACUGGAUCUGAAGCUGAAGAAGGAGAACUGGGGCUUCCUGAGCGGUGGGGGCUCCCGGCAGGUCGUGUUUGUCCAGGGUCAGGGAGACGUGGCCGUCCUGAAGCCGUCGAGCAAGUCGCUGCAAGUCAGCAUCGGCCCAGGUCUCCCCAAAAAUACACGCCCCACCAGGAAAAGCUACUCUCAGGGUCGCUCCAAUUCAUCGAGGACUCACCAGAAGAUCCCAGCCAGAGCAGCACCUGGACCCCCAGGUAGCACCGUCACUGUGCCACCUGAUGUUGGGGAACUUCUUGGCCCUUUGUGUCUAUGGCUUAGUUUUUUGCUCGCAGCCUUGCACCAGAACGGCGGGCUGAAAAACACCAACCACGUGGCCAAUCAGAGGAACUCACAGCACCACAACCAGAGGAACCACUCGUCCGGUAAUGGAACGCGGCCGUUCCUGCCUCACAACUUGAGUCAGCACAAGGAGCGAGGAGACGGCCGGCCGCAGCCCAACCUGGACUGCCUGAGAGUCCCCGAUCAAGGAGCUGCGGGUAAUGGCGACAGAGGAGCCGCUUCAAAUGGAGGAAUAGCUCACCGCCCUUCAGCCACAAGGCCCCCGCCGGGAGGAGGGAGACCCAAACCUGCGCCCAAACCCAAACCUCACGUUCCCCAGUGCAAAGCCUUAUACGCCUACGACGCCCAGGACACGGACGAGCUCAGUUUCAACGCCGAUGACGUCAUAGACAUCGUGAAGGAGGAUGCAUCUGGAUGGUGGACUGGAAGACUUCGGGGAAAGCAGGGACUUUUCCCAAACAACUACGUCACUAAGAUCUAGCAGCAGCUGGUGUCCAGCAGCAGGAGGAGACCCAGCUGUGACCCUCCUCCUCCUGUGAUGAAUGUAACUCGAACUGCAUCUGGACACCCGAGGGGCCUGUUGCCUCCCAAUACUGAACAAAACUAUUUAUUCUAUUUAUAAUCUCUACCCCCUCGCUGACGUCUGGAUGAACAAUCUGUGGGAUUUUAAUCAGUUUAGUUUUUUUUUAGAUUUUUAGAUGAAGGAACAACAUCUGCUCGAACACAGUUUUACCAGGAAUAUUUAUUUUGAUGCCAAACUGUCGUCGCUCACAGGGUCUGGAAUGAAGGUGUCGCUGAAGACGCCAAGUCAUUUUUGAGGAUCUUCAGCAGCAGCCGUCUGUGGUGAAUGAGCACUUUAUCGGUACAGGUACUGCCUUGGACGAGAGGAGUGCAGGAAGGAGUCACGUGGGCUCGGGCGGGUCACUUGUUUACAUGACACAGGCUGAUUCUGUAUAUGUGUUCACCUGCCUGUCGGUCAGUUUUAGAUGAAUGAAGCCGUCUUUUCUAUUGUCGUCCACAGAGUCUCAGACAGAGCUGCUCUGUGCUGCUGCUUUGAUGAUGAUGAUGAUGGGACACUGGGGUGAUUUUUUUUAAUAGACUCACUGUGUUAAAAGCUUUUACGGUUUCUUUGCUCUUUACGUGUCACUGCUGUUCCGCACGGUCCUUUGAUGAUUAAAAAGCUGCGUCAUGUCAUUCGCCGAAAACUGCUGGGAACGCCCGUCUGCUACUUUGAUCCUGGAUGGUUGGAAACAUUCCUGUGCAAUACAGUGGAAUAAAGCGUUUUGUGUAUCUCACUUCUCUCUGUGUGGACUGGUGAGAAGAAGUGAUGCGUUUGCAAGCGUCUAAAUCACAGGAUGGAAGGAGAAACUGCAGCUGUUUCACAUCGCACUGAAGAUAAUCCUGGUGUAGAAAACAUGAUUCACUCAUGUCCAGCUACUGCUUCACCAACAGAACACAGAUAAAGUUGCCCUGGUUCUGAACACAAAGGACCGAUGGCAGAAUCCUCUUGACCCGUUACAUGUCACUCCAACACAUCCACACUGUCCAUGUGUCCCCCGCCUCUUAGCUCUUCAGGAAACCUCUGAUCUUUCCUCCAAAAUCCAAGUCGGAAACCAAUCUGCACAAAAAAGGAGGUAUUGAUUUGAGCCUUCUGGCUCAGCUCAGAUAAUGCAGCACGCUUCAUAAUGCUCCAUUGUUCUAGAGUCAAAGGUCAAGAGAAACAUGACCUCGGAGCUUGUACUGAGCAAAAGCAGGUGUGCGAGUUAAAGCUCAAUGUUCUUCUAACAGGUGAGAAAUAAACCCGCAUUUUGAGUGACGUAAAGAGAAUAUAAGGCUUGAAUCUUGCUGCUGUUUCUGGUGGACAAAGGUGAAUAGCUAUUUUCCCUGCACACUGGGUUUUGUUGGAGCUUGGGUGAACAGGCGUUGAAUGAUGAACCUUUCUCAGAAGAGCUUCUUCACAAGUCACAGCGAAAACCCACCUCAGCUUCACAACAGAAAAGAGGCCAGACUGAAGAGUUAUCCAAGUUUAUUAAUAUUAUUUAUUUAUAA